AAGAUGCGGCUCCGGUCGGAGAGCCGCCAAGUAGUAUCCGCGUACCGUGCGCCGCGGCGGGACCUCAUCCUCGAGCGAGGCAAGCGCGUGGCCCUCGAUGACCGCCACGACGUGACCCGACCCCCCGUAGUCAAACCCAAUAAUUCCGUUCCCCAAUUCCCUACCCGCCAUCGCCAUUGGCGGGCUCGAGCAAAGCAACCCUUGUCAAACUUCUCCACCCCGCAUUGAAAACUCGCUAUCGCCUGUCGCCCGCUAGCUCCGCUUCUUCUUCUAGGCCGCCUCGCUCGGCGCAAAGUUUAUAAUCCCGGCGCGAGAUCGAGAGAGAGGUGUGUGUGGGUGUGUGUGUGUGCAUGGUUUAAUCUGUGGCGCGGCUGCGGGAGCGGGAGCGGGAGCGGGAGCGCGUUAAAUAUGGGCAUGCUGGAUCACUCGGAGGACGACGAGCAGGAGGAGGAGGGGAGCCACCACGGCGGCGGCGGCGGAGGCGCGAGGUUCGGGGCGAGGCGGCGGAAGCCGAGGGCGAGGAGCCACCACCAGCUGCUGCUCAUGGACAGCGUGGGCGGCGGCAAGGCCGGCGCGGACGGGGAGUGCGCGUCGGAGGAGGAGGAGAUCGUGCCGCUGCCGGAGUACGAGCGGCUGUCCCAGCCCGCGCGCCUCCCGGACGACGACGACGACGGCCCGGCUGGCGCGCAGGACCCGCCUCCUCCGGCGAAGCGGGGCGCGCCCCUGACGCCCCCGCCGCCGCCGCAGCAGCAGAAGCCGGCGGCGUGGAGGCUGCUCCAGUACGUGCGGUCCAUGCACAGGUCCUCGGCAGGGGGCGUGGCGGCCGGCGCGUACUGCGGUGGCUCGUCCGACGGCGACUCCACCAAGAGCUCCGACGGCGACGGCGACGAGGAGGGGGUGAAGGACAAGAAGAAGAAGCGGUCGUCGUGGCUGCCGGACCCCGACCGCCGGUGGCCGGUGCAGGGGUUCUACUAGAGGUCUUGGCCGUGCGUCGUGGACCAAGCCGUCGCGUUUAAUCCUCUUCAUUGGUUCGACUAGGUACCGUGUCUGUCUGUACUCUGUACUCUGUACGUCGAGCCUUCGCUCAUCUUGUUCGGGUUCGUUUCCGUGCCUUUUCCUCGUGGUUUCCGGCAAUGUGGAAGGAAUCGUGUGAGUGCUUUGCUCACGCAUGCUGUAAUUCGCCGGACGCAGGGCAUCAUCGGUGCCGAUGUGUUCGCAUUUCCUUUUGCCAGGGUCGAGAAGAAGAUGCAGAGAUCUUGUGAA